UACACCGUAUUUAUAGUUUUACUUAGAAACAUUUCAUUUGUCAGCGGACGCUGAUUCCAUCUUCUAAUCUUGAGGAGACAUGAUAUUUUAAUUGUUUAUAAUUUACUUUUCGUUCAACAACACAAAACAAAUGUAUACAGACAAUUUAAUAACUUCAUUCUUUUCAAACAUGAUAUUAACACGCUUAUAAUACUCGGAAUUUUAAAUAGCUGUUUGUGUUUUCCUACCAACGAUGGUGUGUUUUGGGUCGAAAGUUUCCUUAGUUCGACUCUUUGGUGCACCUUCUUGGUACCACAACGUGAUUCAGUUUCGAUUAAAAUCAGUAUCUGUCACCACAGCUCCUGCUCAAUGGCCUGUAACAACAAUAACAAAACGCUGGUACCAUCAGCCUCAUCCUCCAGACACAGUCAGUCCUCCUGGAAAACUAAAGCGUUAUCUUGUUGAUAAUUGUGUACGUUUUGCAGAAUCAUAUGAAAGAUUCUUAGAGAAACGAUAUCCAAAAGUGUUUGAAGUCUACCGGAUGUUUAAAGUUGGUAUCCGUGAUUUUAUUGCUGACACCAGAAUGUAUUAUAACGUCACUACGGAGUUGUGGACAGGUAAAAGUCUAAACUGUUUCUCACGCAAGGAACUUGAAAUUUAUAAACAAUAUCCAAAAGAUGUAUGGAAGGUGUCUCCGACUUUGAUAAUCUCAGCUUUGCCCUUUGCUAACUAUGUUGUAUUUCCUAUCGCGUACAUGUACCCUAAAUGGUUCCUUUCACCUCAUUUUUGGUCAGACAAACAUAAAGAAAUGAUAUGGGGUGAUAUACUUGCUAAGCGAAUGAGCCAUUGUUCACCUGUUAUUUAUUACCUGGGAUCACAAUGUCGGCAUAUGGACGAAGACAACCCACUCAAAGAGAAGCUACAAUUAGCUAUCAGCAAACUGAAACAAACACAUCAACUUACUGUAGAUGAAAUCUUAACCUUAAAACCACUUUUCGAAGAUUACCCAUGUCAUAUAAACAAAAUUUCCAUUGCUUAUUUAAGACAACUAGCCAUGUGCAAUGGACUUUCGAUGCGCCGGUCAAAACUUGUGGACGAUACUCUUUUAUUACAUUAUAUAGACCUAGCUAUAGGUCGAGAAGGUAUUGAGAAUCUUUCAUCCCAAGAUCUGUCUAAGGCAUGCUAUGAUCGGUUUUUAAAUCCAGUAGGUGUCCCUCAUAAAGAACAAUUACGUCAUCUUUGUCAAUGGUUAGAAAUCAGCAAAGAAGUUGACGAAAACAGUCUGUCUUUACUGCUACAUCUUCCUGUAUUCUUAUCUUACAACCAACCAAGUAAUCAUCCACUGACCAAACGUAGCUUGCAGUGUGCAGAAAACGAAGCAAAUAAAUAAAUCGUUUACUAUAUAUAUAUUGACUCAAGCAAGAUACGAACAAAUUGUAACAUUGAAAAUGGCUAGCAUAAAGAACUGCAAGGUGAUAAAACUAUAAAAUGAUGAUUAAGGGCUAUGGUGAAUGAAAAGAUGGCUGCUCUGAAUUGUAAAUAUAUGUGUAAUAUAUUGUCAAUAAAUACAACAAUCAUCUUGUAAACUUUCAUUAA